CGCGUGGUUCUCCAUGGCGCGGCGCUAUUGUCGUAAACGUGGCGAAGCACGCGCUGCGUCAGUAUUUCGCGAGCCUCCAUCGCGUACCGUCGCAGUUGAUCGUAGGGGAAGGAGCUGUCCUGUUCGAUAGUGAACUGCGGAGUACAAUAAAAAAGUGCCUUUCGUCUAAACUAAGGAAAUACGAUCGUAAGGAUGGCGGACGACAGCCACGAGAACGGCACGAGCAACGGCGACGUUCCCGAGAUCGAGUUGAUCAUCAAGGCAUCUACGAUCGAUGGUCGCCGAAAGGGUGCGUGCCUCUUCUGCCAGGAAUACUUUAUGGAUCUGUAUCUCCUCGCCGAAUUGAAAACCAUCUCUCUAAAAGUGACCACGGUCGACAUGCAGAAACCGCCGCCCGAUUUCCGUACCAAUUUCCAGGCAACGCCGCCGCCGAUCCUAAUCGAUAACGGCGACGCGAUAUUGGAAAACGAGAAAAUCGAACGGCACAUAAUGAAGAACAUUCCCGGUGGACACAAUCUCUUCGUGCAGGACAAAGAAGUGGCCACGCUCGUUGAAAACUUGUUCAGUAAAUUGAAACUGUUACUACUGAACGCGAAGGAUAAGGAUAAAGAUCCGAAAUCAUCGUCCCUGAUGGCACACUUGCGCAAAAUCGACGAGCAUCUAGGUCGCAAGGGUACUCGUUUCCUCACAGGCGACACGAUGUGCUGUUUCGACUGUGAACUUAUGCCACGACUCCAACAUAUCAGGGUGGCCGGCAAAUACUUCGCGGACUUUGAGAUUCCGGAGACUUUGGUGCAUCUCUGGCGAUAUAUGCACCAUAUGUACAGGCUGGAUGCCUUCUUACAAAGUUGCCCAGCCGAUCAGGAUAUCAUCAACCAUUACAAAUUACAACAGAGCAUGAAAAUGAAGAAGCACGAAGAGCUAGAGACCCCGACAUUCACCACUAGUAUUCCAAUCGAGGUCAACGACGACUAGGCUGGACCUCUGCCGUCGGGUCUACGAUCUCGUUACUUUGAUGCAGAAAAGUCGUCGACAUCGCGGUGUAGACACGAGCAGUGUGAACAAAGUGGCACACAGUCGUAUACAUUUUCGAUCAGAGUUUUGUUGGUUCUUCCAAUGGACGAGAUUCCUUGGGAAAGAUUUUCUUUGGGAAAGCGGAGUCCGCUAUUUGUAAAAAGCAUAUAGGGUCUGAGUACUCUUGUGAAAAAAAUCUCCAUCGUCUAGGUUUCACCGCGCCGAUCCCGCUACACCGAUUUAUAUAACACUUUUGCUACCUAUAUUUGACAAAUUAUCGUCGACGCUUUUAUGGCCUAAACCGAUGCAGAACAAGUAGCUUUUUUACCGCAGGAGGCAGAAGAAGAUACCGUAUAUGAAUGUAUUAAGGCUUUCGAGAACGACCUGUAAGCGUAUCCAGAAAACUUGAACGAUAUUUUCCUUUCCUUUCUUUCCAUUUUCUUUUUCUCGUUUCUCCGCUACGUAUGCGAAACCGUACGUAACCUUCGUUUCAGUAGCAUUAUUCUUAGAAAAGGCAUUUUAAUCUUUUACGUAUACUUUAGAUCGAAGCUAAUGUAUUUUUUGUUCACCCCGCCACCCCUCCCCUUCCCUUUCCUUUUUUUUUCUUCGAGUAAAGAGAAACUAGGUAUUCGAUCGUCAUCUUUCGACGGCGAAUCAUCUUAACGCAAGUAGAAAAUGCAAAAGGGACGUAUGCAUUUGAAUUACGAUUAACAAUCGAUUAGGUUGAUAUAUUUCUUUAUUGUUUCUUCUCUCUUUUUCUUUUUUUUCUUUCUUUCUUUCUUUCUUUCUUUCUUUCUUUAAAAUCCGUAUUGUAUUUAUCACGCAUCUAACGACUAAUCAAUAAAUUGACUUAUUGAUGGUUAUUCUUCAACAGCCAUCCGCAUUGACCAUUAUAAUCCUCCAUUGUGUCGAGCUGUCUGAAUGUAAGAAAAGAUAUUCUAGUCUCAUGUACCACGUAUAAUAUCAAAGCUCUGAACACUUGCUUCCAAGGUAUUUUUUCUAUAUACAACGAAAUCCUAGGAAAUCGUAGUGCAUACGUUUCUUCCAACCUCUACGUUAUAAUGAAUUCGAACUUGCUUGCAGAUGCUGACUUUAUAAAGAUGGAAAAAACUGGUCGUUUGAAAACAGUGCAUAUUUUUCAUUGAUAUCGUUCGACGAUUUAACAAACUCGGUACUUUGUAUUCGUAAUUGUAUUAUGACCAUUGUAUUGUAAAUCGUUAUUAUUACUGCUAUUGUACUAUUUUGGUUUACACUUGUAGAGACGAAUAUAUUAAUAUCUACAUUGA